CCGGAGGGUGGCACUCUGGGGGGCGGUGAGCUCACCGUUCCAGCAGCCGAAAGCUAUGGACUGGGUCCGAGAUCAGAACAAAACCCAUACUCCGGGGAGCUUGCAGCAACGGAACGAGCGUUAGGCAGCCUGCCAACGCUUAGGUCUAGCCGUAUCGAGAUCUCAACACGCAAUAAAGCGGCCGUUCUCACGCUCCGACAGCCUAGAAAGCAGUCUGGGCAACACCACAUCUGCCACAUCUACGAGUCAAUCAGAGAGAGCACUACGCAGGAACGGGAACACAGUAGCUUACUAGCAAUACCGUCAAUACGGUGGCGCAGUUAG